AUGCGUGUCUACCUUGGAAAUGGAAACUUCAAUAGAGUAUUGGACGGUUUCGUAGGCAAAAUGACAAAUCCUAAUGAUCAGAUUUUGUUCGGUUCGAAAGAGGGAAAGUCACUGUACAUGGGAGUUGAUGCACGAAGCCAGAGAAACGUCCUUGAACAUCUUAAACGCGAAGGAUUCUCUCAUUCGAUCUUACGAAACCUCAUUCAAAAUGACCUGAGAGAGAGCCUUAGCAGUGAACGUGGUCGCUUCAAAUGUGCUCAAGAGCCACAAAACAUCGACACGGCCAGCUAUCAUCGAUUCGAAGAAAUCGAAUGCUAUCUGACAGCUGUUCAAAAGAAGUACCCACGAUCAACUGAACUCAUAGAAAUCGGAACUUCAUUCCAUGGACGUAGUCUCACUGCCAUUAAGAUAUCUGAUGGUACUGACAAUAAGAAAAUAGCGGCUUUCAUAAACGCCGGAAUGCACGCUGAUCAGUGGAUAUCACCCGCAUCGGCUGUGUAUGCCAUCAACGAAUUGACAGAGAAUGCGAGCAAGUAUCGAGAUAUUCUGUCACAAAUGGAUGUCUACGUUAUGCCAGUGAACAAUCCGGAUGGUUAUCGGCACUCGUGGGAUUCAAUGCCAAUCUGGACGAAGACACGCAGUGGACCGUAUCACUUAUCGUGUCGUGGAGUCGAUUUGAAUCGCAAUUGGGAUAUUGAUUGGAAAGAUGAGGCAACGGCGACAUCGUGUCUCAACGAAUAUCCUGGUCCAGUAGCUUUCUCCGAGCCUGAAUCGCGUGCACUUGCCGAGUUCCUUCAGGACAACAACGACACAAUUCGAGUGUUCAUCGAUAUUCACUCUCACGGAACUGCUGUACUAUAUCCAUUUGCAAAUACAGAUCGCAUGCCGUCAAAUAUAAACGCACUGAAAGUUGGUGCCGAAAGAGCUGCGAAAGCAAUGAAAAGUGUCAAUGGUACGGAAUUUGCUCAAGCAUCAGUCGGUGCAUGGAUGGACGAGAAGACGGGCGGUAUGGCAAUUGAUUACGCCAAGCAGAGCCUGAACAUUGAACACGCUUAUGCGAUUCACUUGAGACCAGCUCGUGCACAACCUCAAAACGGAGUUGAUGUUCCUUCGCUGGCUGUGAACAAGAUUCGAGUGGCAUCCCAGGAGGGUUGGGCCGGUGUUUCGGCCUUGCUCAAAUACGUUGCGUCCGAGUCGAAUGGUCAGAAAUCGUGA